GCUGCCAAUAAUACGCUGCAGCAGAGGUUCUGCAACCAUCAUUGAUGACAUCAAUCAGCACCUUUGCGAUCGCGAUGGAGAUUCGCGUACCACUGACACUCCUGACACUCGCGAAAUGACAUCUCUUUUAGCCCGCGGUUGCCCAUGGUCUCGAAGGCAAACCAUAUUCUCCUGCUACACUAGAAAAUCGCCCUGUCGUAGCUGACUUCCACUCACGAUGGCGGCAUCUGAGACUGGUGAUCUUGGAUAUGACCAUGAUAAUCUGCGGCAUGUCGUGAUUACUGCGACUUGCUUUGCGUUGAUUCUUUCUACGGUAUCAGUUGCCCUGCGUCUUUACUGUCGCAAGAUCACGGGCACCAAGGUCUUUUUUGAUGAUUACUUGAUCAUUGUGGCAUUGGUCUUCGAAUACGCAGUGUCACUGGCUGGAGUUGUCUUGCUGUAUAACGGACUGGGCACUCACAUCGUAUACGUUCCUCCUUCAGAUUUGGUAGUGUAUUUAAAGACUCUAGCCAGCGGCAGCUUCCUCUACACACUAUGCAUCGCAUUCACUAAGCUCUCUAUCCUCGCAUUAUACAAGCGAAUCUUUUCCAUCCGACCGAUGAUACUAGCGGCUAACUCCGUCGGGGCUAUUGUCAUCUUGUGGUGUUUUGGGGUAUGUCUGAUUGGGGGCGUCGUAUGUAUUCCAUUGGAGAAGCUCUGGAACCCGACGAUUCCCGGCGGGUGCAUCGACCUGGCCAAGUUCUACUAUGGUCUCCAGAUUCCCAACAUCGUGACUGACGCCGUCAUCCUGGCGCUACCGAUGAAACAUGUUUGGAACCUUCAAGUGCCGCGUGCGCAAAAGAUUAUGUUGACAGGCAUCUUCUGCCUUGGUGCUUUAACGCUUGCCUUUGACAUUGUACGUCUGGUGACACUAAUUGAGCUUUCAAAGUCCGGAAAUGACAUUACCUAUGACCAAGUACCCGCCAGUGUGUGGACGUGCAUUGAGCCCGCCGUGGGUAUAACAGCUUCUUGUCUGUCGAAUAUGCGACCACUCUUUCUUUCCUUGACACGUCUGCGCGACAAGAUGCCUCGUCUGUUUUCCCGACCGUCACAGACCGAAGCGGUGGAGGUAGAGCACUCCAAAAUCGUUUUCACUCAAACUGUGCGAGUAAACAGCAGUCACGCCGACGAGUCCUCAGACAAGGCGUGUCGCAAGGGCCCUUUUGCUGAGACGCCAUCGCCUCUAUCAGUAGGGACUAGUGUAUCGACGGACUGAUAAACUGCUGCUUGACAGACGGAGUGACUCAAUCGCUGAUGAAAUUGUGAUCACUCCGCAUAAGAGACCGCGAGGAGGGAGAGAUGAUGUCUGACGCCCUUACACACGUCAAUAAAAUCUAAUUCCGCACUUCGUAAAAACCAG